AACAAAAAAAAUAAAUAAAUACCUCCCCUCCCCAAAUAAACUAAAGAUACAUUACUUUCAAAAAUGUCAAUCUCUUACCUAAAAAUAAACAUAUGAUUAGUAAGGUCAGAUUUGCAGCAUAAUAUUUUAAUCAAAUUGGAAAUACUCCUUCAACUCCUCAAACUAAUUAUAUAUAUGCUAGUUGUUUUAUAACCGGUUUCAAAAUAGUUUCCCUUCCCACUAUCUCUUCCUACAACAAGCAUGGAGUUUCUAAUUAAACUCAUCACAUUUCUACUCUUCUUGAUGCCUACAAUCUCUUCCUCCCAAUAUCUUGGAAACAAUAUACUCACCAAUCGUAAAAUAUUUCCAAAACAAGAAACUCUAACCUCGUACGCUGUCGUCUUUGAUGCUGGUAGCACCGGUAGCCGUGUUCAUGUCUACCAUUUUGAUCAGAACUUAGAUCUUCUUCACAUUGGCAACGAUGUUGAGUUUUAUAAUAAGACAACACCCGGUUUGAGUGCAUACGCAGAUAAUCCAAAGGAAGCAGCAGAGUCUCUGAUUCCACUUUUAGAGCAAGCAGAAAGAGUGGUUCCUGUUAAUCUGCAACCCAAAACACCCGUUAAGCUUGGGGCAACAGCCGGUUUAAGGCUUUUGGAUGGAAAUUCUUCCGAAUUGAUAUUGGAAGCGGUGUCGAGUUUGCUCAAAAAGAGAAGCACGUUUAACGUACAAUCAGAUGCAGUAGGAAUUAUUGAUGGUACACAAGAAGGUUCUUAUUUAUGGGUGACAAUUAACUAUGUUUUGGGAAACUUGGGAAAAGAUUUUUCAGAGACAGUGGCAGUAGCUGAUCUUGGAGGGGGAUCAGUUCAAAUGGUAUAUGCAGUCUCAAGAGAACAAGCAAAAAAAGCUCCACAAGUACCUCAGGGAGAGGAUCCAUACAUAAAAAAGAUUGUACUUAAAGGAAAGAAAUAUUACCUCUAUGUUCACAGUUAUUUGCGGUUUGGCAAAGAAGCAUCUCGUGCUGAAAUUUUGAAAGUCACUAAUGGUUCUCCUAAUCCUUGCAUUUUAGCUGGCUAUCAUGGCACAUAUACAUAUUCAGGAGAGGAGUAUAAGGCAUUUUCUCCUGCUUCUGGCUCCAACUUUGAUGAAUGCAAAGAGAUAAUUCUUAAGGCACUUAAAGUGAAUGAUCCAUGUCCUUAUGGGAAAUGUAGUUUUGGUGGGAUAUGGAACGGUGGAGGAGGAAGUGGGCAGAAAACUCUUUAUGUUACAUCAUCAUUUUAUUACGUGCCUACAGGGGUUAAUAUUGCUGAUCCAAAUAAGCCCAAUUCCAAAAUUCGUAUCGAGGAUCUGAAAACUGGAGCUGAGCAAGUCUGUAAAACAAAAUAUAAGGAUGCCAAAGCCACAUAUCCACUUAUUUAUGAGGAUAGUCUUCCAUAUGCAUGCUUGGAUCUUAUUUACCAAUAUACAUUGUUUGUUGAUGGAUUUGGCCUAGACCCAUUGCAAGAGAUUACCGUGGCAAAUCAAAUUGAAUAUCAAGAUGCCCUUGUGGAUGCAGCAUGGCCUCUAGGCAAUGCAAUAGAAGCUAUAUCAUCAUUGCCCAAAUUUGAUCCUUUCAUGUACUACUUUAUUUAAGCUUCUAGAAUUAAAUAUGGGAUACUUUAGUGUUAAACACUAAGAGCUGUAUCAUCAACACUCUCUCUAAUACCCACUAUCUUAUUAGUUUAUAUCAUUGUGGUCUGCAUUUUGAAAAUAGAAGACAUACAUUGAUUCCAUUCGACAAAAGAGUGGAUGUUAUACAGGGUGUUCAAACGUAAGUGUUGCCAACAUUCUUUAUAAAAUAAACAUAAAACAUCUAAUUUUUCAUUAA